GCCUGCGCACUGGGGCCCCAGCGCCUGCGGUGGCUCCCCGCUCGGCUGCUCUGAAGAUGGCGGAGCGCGCCGGUGCUGGCACAUCCCUGAGGGGGCUGCGGGAACGGAUGGUUGCUGCUGCUAAUGCCAUUGCUGAAGAAAGACGGAGUCAGGGUAGCUUUAGCGCUCUUCCAUCACAGCCCUCAAAUAUAAAAUCAGCGUUUAAACCAGUAAUAGAUGGAUCUGUGCUUAAAAAUGAUGUAAAGCAAAGAUUAGCAAAGGAGCGCAGAGAGGAGAAAAAAAGACAAGAUGAUGCUAAUAAAGAGACACAACUACUUGAAAAAGAAAGAAAGUCUAAGAUCCUAUACGAAAAACAGAUGGAAGAAAAGCAGCGAAAGCUGAGGGAACAGAAAGAAAAGGAUGAGCAACGGAGAAUAUCUGCAGAAAAAAAGAGAAACGAAAAGUUACAGGAAGAAAGGGAGAGAUUCAAAGCUGUCCUUCAUCGUACACUGGAACGGAGCAGCCGUGUGGAUCAUCAAAAAAGAUGGUCAUGGGAAGGCUCUACAACAGUAAACUCUCAGAAUAAAACUGCCAACAAACAUUCUAUAUCUACUGAAAAGCUUGAACAGGGGACUUCUGGAUUACAUAAACAAAUGUCAUCUGCAAGUUCUCAAAAUUCUAUUGCCAAGAAAACAACAGAAAAGAGGAGAAGCUCAUCUCUGAAUAGAAGAUGUAGCAAACUGCAUUCAUCUACAGAACAAGUGGAAGAAAAAACACCUGGCAUCCACAAUAUAUUCCAGUAUGUAAACAUGCCCCUGCUUAAGCAUAGCAGUGAUGAAUUGAAGAGUACCAUAGUGCCUCACAAGUCAACAGUGAUAAUACCUCCCCAGGAGAAAGUAGACACACCCUCCAAGACAAGCGUGGAAGCGGUCCCCAAGGCGAGUGUGGAAGUGCCCCUGGAGGUGAGCGUGGAAGCACCCCCCGAGGCAAGCUUGGAAGUAUCCCCCGAGGCAAGCUUGGAAGUAUCCCCCGAGGUGAGCGUGGAAGCACCCCCCGAGGUGAGCUUGGAAGUAUCCCCCGAGGUGAGCGUGGAAGCACCCCCCGAGGUGAGCUUGGAAGUAUCCCCCGAGGUGAGCGUGGAAGCACCCCCCGAGGCAAGCUUGGAAGUAUCCCCCGAGGCAAGCGUGGAAGCACCCCCCGAGGCAAGCUUGGAUGUAUCCCCCGAGGCAAGCUUGGAAGUAUCCCCCGAGGCGAGCGUGGAAGCACCCCCCGAGGCGAGCGCAGGAACACCCUGCACGAGUGUGGAAACAUCACCUGAGGCAAGCGAGGAUCUGUCCCUUGAGGCGAGUGUGAAUCCGUCCCCAGAGGUGAGCAUGGACUCAUCCCCAGAGGUGAGCGUGGACUCGUCCCCAGAGGUGAGCACAGAAGCGUCAUCUGAGGCUAGUGUGGAAGCAUCUCCUGAGGCGAGCGUGGAAGCAUCCCCAGAGGAGAGCACAGAAGUGCCCUCUGAGGCAAGUAUGGAGGCGCCCCCUGAGGCCUCCCCUGAGGCGACCAUGGGAAUGUCUUCCAAGGUGAAAAUGAAAGACUCUCCACAGAAAUCAGAAACGGACAAACAGGCCUCAAACCUGAUUACGAAGAAGCGCCUACCACCAUCUCAGAUACCGUGUUAUAGAUGGUCAUCUUCUCCUACAAGCAGGUGGUGUCCUCCAUCUCCCAUCAGUGCUAGCAGGCAAAUCCAAAAGAAUCGCCCCCCGUCACCUUCACCCGUCACGUCAAAACAGUCGACACAGUUUUCUUUUUCCUGUAGAGCAAUUCCUAUGCAGCGUACCGUAUUUGCACAAAAUGCAUUAGGUACUAUUGGAAUGAAAAGUGAAGCCAUCUCUAACACCAUUAACAGCUCUGAGGCUGCAAGCCAAAAGGAUAUGAUCUGUGAAGAGUCUGGUAAUAAAAGCACACCAGGGCCUAUGAAUGCCGAGGAGGCAACAAAAAUUUUGGCAGAGAAACGACGUCUUGCUCGUGAACAAAAAGAAAAAGAGGAAGAAAGACUACAAAAAGAGAUGGAACAAAGGAAAAUGAAAGACAUAGCAAAGAAAGCAGAUGAAGGCCAACAAGAGGAGUUCUCAAAAUUUGGAGAUGGGCAACCACCAAAGGAGAUAAAAAAGAAGAAAGGAAGUCAAGAACAAGAAGACCAAAAAGUAGAACUCCAGAAAAGUGAUGCCAAAAUAAAAGCUCAGGAGGAGGCUGACAAACGCAAGAAGGAGCACGAGAGAAUUAUGUUACAGAAUUUGCAGGAGAGAUUAGAAAGAAAAAAGAGAAUUGAGGAAAUUAUGAAGCGGACAAGAAGGCCAGAUUCAAAUACCUCAAAGGCUACAGAAACAUUCAGCAACGAUGCAUAUGAGGAGGACGAGGCAGACGAUGAGGACGAGUCGGAAAGUGACAGUGAUUCCUUUGAUGACAUGCAUCCAUCAGCUUUUAUAAACGGCACGGAGUCAUCCACUAAACCAAAAACACAUUUUAAAAACGUGAAGAACACUCGCAAGCUGGUGCUUUUAGAUGCGACUUCUAGCUACAUCCGUAAAGAGACAAAAACACUUUUCAAUUGUGACAUGAAAACCUUCAGACAAAAAAGAGUGAAAGACCCUUUGAAUCAGACAAAGAGUGCCAGAUCCUCCACCAAAAGAACAGCCAACCGAGCAGCCAAACCCGGAAAGGCAGAAACCAGCAACACCGUGGGACCUUCCAAGAGCUUACAUUCAGAGGCACAGGAUUGGGUCUGUGACAAGAUUAUUGACAUCACAGGCGAGAUAGAACCACCUAAGUCCAGUAUCCCUCCUGAUAGCCGAAAACACCAUCUGAAAGGUCCCACGACAUCCUGCCUAAGUCACCAGCUGCCUAUAGAGAACAAGAAAACAAGCAAAUCUGUUUCUGCUCUAUCAGAUAUGUAAACCUCAUCCAGCCUGGAAGAGAAUCCAUUCUCCACUCUGGAUUUUGACCUCCAGGCACAUCUCUCAAAAUUUCUCCACCUCCUACUUGAACCUGGCAAAGAAAAUGACUCUCAAAAAAAAAAAAAAAAAAAGGGAAACAUCAAAACGUCAUCUUAACUUAUCUCAGAAGAUGCUCAUAUCAUCUUGACUCUUG